GUCUUGGAUCUCUAGUAUUACGUCUGGGGUCCUGGGUCUUUAGUUCUGGACUGGGGUCUCAGGUAUUAGGUUUGGGGUCAUGGGAUUGGAGUCUUGAGUCCAAGGUCUCAAGGACCUGCAUCUGGUGGGUCUGGAGAGUCAGAGUGGGAGGAGGUCGGUGUCAGCAGCCUGGGUUCCACGUCGUGGGGACUUGAAAGAACCACAGCUGCAGUGAAAGUUGGGGGGGUCUGGGGUGACAGGUAGAAGGGACUACCUACCCUGGGGAUCAGAGCCUGGGAAGUCAUUGUUUCACACCUGCCCACUCUGUGCCUCAGUUUCCUCAUCUGUUAAGUGGGUAUCUGUCAAACGGGGAUCCUGACUUCCUUGCAGGGUACAGUGGGGAUUACGUUGCAUGUUCUGUAUGAACAGUACCCAGCCGCCGCAUGGCACCAAGUAACCGCCCGGGAAACCUCAACUUUGAAUCUCUCUCUUUCAGCAAUGUGAAGAGGCCAGCCUGAGUCCAGAGUCCAGGCAUGGAGUUUCUGACAAUGCCCCGCUCCCCUUCAGGGCCUUCCAUGGACUUGGAGGAGCCCAGAGACCCUCUUGUACCCUCUGAGAACCUUAUUCCAGACAGCCGGUGGGAUCCUGUGCCAGCAGGCCCUGGCAGCCUGAGUCAGAUGGAACUUGACGAGUCGAGUGUUCAGGACCUGGUGCAGCAGUUUGAGGCUCUGCCGGCUGAUUUGACGGGCCUGUCCCCAGAUGGAGUGCCCUGCCCCCUGCACAUUGCCACCGGCCACGGCCUGGCCCCCCAGGACAUCACCGAUGCCCACGGGCUUUUGUCCGCUGAGGCUGGUCGGGACGAUCUGCUGAGCCUUUUGUGCUGUGAGGAAUGCUCACCUCCCCAGCUUUGUCCUGAGGAGCCCCCCGAGCCUGCUCCUCGCCUGUUGCAGCCCCCUGAGGACUCUGAUGGGGAUCCUGGCCCCCCGGAAUGGACGAAGGGAGCCUCUGCCGAGCGGGGUGGCAGCGGUAGUUCAAGCAGCUCCCCAGAACCCUGGCUGGAGACGGUGCCUCUGGUUGCGCCUGAAGAGUCACCUGCCGGUGCCCAGAGCCCCGAGACCCUGGCUUCAUACCCUGCCCUCCAGGAGGUACCUGGUCCCUGUGACCAUGAAGACCUCCUAGAUGGUAUCAUUUUUGGGGCCAAAUACCUGGGCUCCACCCAGCUGUUGUCUGAGCGGAACCCGCCCCCCAGCACACGCAUGGCCCAGGCCCAGGAGGCCGUGGACCGUGUCAAGGCCCCCGAUGGGGAGAGCCAGCCCAUGACAGAGGUGGACCUCUUCGUCUCCACCAAGAGGAUCAAGGUGCUGACAGCCGACUCCCAGGAGGCCAUGAUGGACCACGCCCUGCAGACCAUCUCCUAUAUCGCCGACAUCGGCCCUGUGCUGGUUCUCAUGGCGCGCCGGCGGCUGGCCCGGAGGCUGCCACCCCAGGACCGCGACCGCCGCCUCUACAAGAUGAUCUGCCACGUGUUCCACUCAGAGGACGCCCAGCUCAUUGCUCAGGCCAUCGGCCAGGCCUUCGCCGUGGCCUACAGCCAGUUCCUGCGGGACAGCGGCAUUGACCCCAGCCAGGUGGACACCCGGCCAGGCCAGGGGGCUGCCAGCUCUGGCUACCUCCACAACGGGGACCUGGACCACUUUUCCAACAGUGAGAACUGCAGGGAGGUGUGCAUCGAGAAGCGCCGGGGUGAGGGCCUGGGCGUGGCCCUGGUGGAGUCGGGCUGGGGCUCUCUGCUGCCCACAGCUGUCAUCGCCAACCUGCUACACGGGGGCCCUGCCGAGCGCUCGGGAUCCCUUAGCAUCGGGGACCGCCUUACCGCCAUAAACGGGACGAGCCUGGUGGGGCUGUCGCUGGCUGCCUGCCAGGCCGCUGUCCGCGAGGUGAAGCCACAGACAUCGGUGCAGCUCAGCAUCGUCCACUGCCCGCCUGUCACCACCGCCAUCAUCCACCGGCCCCACACCCGCGAGCAGCUGGGCUUCUGCGUCGAGGACGGCAUCAUCUGCAGCCUCCUCCGCGGUGGCAUCGCCGAGCGUGGGGGCAUCCGCGUGGGGCACCGCAUCAUCGAGAUCAAUGGACAGAGCGUGGUGGCCACACCACACGCCCGCAUCAUCGAGCUGCUCUCCGAGGCCCACAAUGAGGUCCACAUCAAGACGAUGCCAGCCGCCACGUACCGCCUGCUCACAGGCCAGGAGCAGCCCGUGUACCUGUGACUGGCCCCGGCACCCUCGCCCCCACCACAGUGCCUUAACUUCACCGGCUCUGGACCCCCAUCCUUGGCCCCGCCUUGGCUGGCCAGG